AUGGUCACGCGAGGUUUCGUUUACGUUGUUGAAAGUGACACUCGUGAGCCACGACCUUUUCUUGGCAUCAGUGAUCGAAGUACAACAGAAGAAAGGAAAAAAAUGAAUAAUUCUCAGAAACACAGUGCGGUGCUGUAUCGGAGUCUCCUGCUGGCGGCCGCGACGUGGGUGGUGGCAGUGGCACAGUUCGUCCCUGGCUUCCUGGUGGAGUCCGGCACUGACCUCCAGGAGUGGCCCAAGAACCUGUCUUCGCUUUUCCCCGAGAAUACAUCGCCUGAGGAGCAGCAGGACUACUAUGCCAACGCCAUCGCCUCGGUCUUCGGGUCCGGCACCAUCGCGGCGCCUCUGCCAGAUCACAACCCCGUGGAGGAGGUUCUGGACGGGCGCGUGGAGCCCAACGCCGUCGCCUCAGAGGAGAUUCCCGGCCUCCAGGUCCUCCCCAACGGCACGGCUGUCACGCCCUCCCAGGGUCCACAAACUCCACCAUCCACUGGAACCGAAGGGGACAGGUGUGCCACGGUGCUGUUCUCUGUGGCCCGCGCGCAUUACAAGCACAGGAAGGGAGGCACCCAGGGGACGCAGGUUCUCUUUGAUAAGGUACUGUCGAGCGUCGGACCCGGUUUCAACCACACGGGCGGGUACUUCAGGUGCGAGUGCCCCGGGUACUACUUCUUCUCCAUCCAUGGCGUGUCUCCUCUCCAAGGCAGAGCGAGAUUGGACCUGAUGAGGAACCGGCAGCGAGUGGCGUCUUCGGAGGCUCAGUACUAUGGCUUCGGAACCGCCGCCAACAGCGCCAUCAUCCGGGUUUACAGGAACGACAUCGUCUACGUGUAUCUGGCCGAAGGAUUCCUCUACGAGAACGACGCCCGCUUCAGGGGUUACGCCUCCUUCUCCGGGAUUAACGUUAUCUCAUUUCAACACACUGUUUACGCCUUUGAGGAAGUACUCAAAGGUCCGCUCUUCUGUAGUUUGCGGCUGGAUGCGAACAUCCGGAAUAAUCCACAAAGGGGCGUGGGCGUGAUCCAGCAGCACGCAGCAGUUGAAAAGGCAGAAUCAGAAGGGAAGGAUAUAUUGAACACUUGA